UCAUGGCUAGGUGGUUGCAAAUCUAACGUGUCGUCGGUCAGCCAUUUCAGAAGACACGACUCUUUUUAAAGUCUGAACAAACAAAGGGGAAAAACAAAAAAUUAAAGACCUCAGCUCUUUAUUGAAAUUCGACAUGUCCAUCGGUUGGGCGUCAUCGCUUGUGCUGUUGUCGAUCAUCGUUUCAGCUACGCCGUACAAAAUCCUCGUCUUAACGCCAAUCACAUCGACCAGCCACACGAACGUGUUCAAUCCUCUGGUUGAAGCGUUGGCCGAACGCGGCCAUGAAGUCACUCACUGGAACGGAUUAGAGAUCCCAUCGACUUCGAACUCGUCCAAUUUACGUCGGCUCUACUCUCCCAAUCUGGUCAAAAUCAACAAGGAACACAACGUGAAUUUCAACGAUCGCGACAGUCCGUUACGUCUGCUUUUUCGGGUACCAAAAACGGUGGCCAAUUACUGCAAAGCCAUUCACGAAGACGCGAUUUUUCAUCAGUUGAUGAACGCCAAAGAUGAAGGCUACGAUCUCAUCCUGGCCGAGGGCUUCUUCAACGAGUGCACGUUGCUGCUGGCCGAAUUAUUCGAUGUGCCUUUCGUUUAUCUCAACUGUUUCGUGCCACCGCCUUGGUUGCAAUUCGCAAUCGGGACGCCGUUCGCCUUCGAUCAUUUCCCUCAUUCGGGGCUCAGUUUCCGCGAUAAAAUGAACUUCUGGCAGAGAACGUUGAACACGGUGACGGGCUUCUUGUUGGUCGCUUUCCAUCAUUGGUACGUUGUUCCAAUCAUUGACCAGGCCUCCUCGCGAGUGCUGGGUGUCGAUAAGGCAACAUCGGUCCUCGAGAUUGAGGAUCGCCAUCUCAGUUUGUUAUUGACCAAUACCCAUUUUAGCAUCAAUUAUCUAAUGCCAACGUCACCUGCCGUUGUUCAAGUUGGUGGAAUGCAUUGCAUUCCACCUAAGCCCUUAUCUUCGGAUCUGGAAUCGUUUGUCGAUGGCUCCGGUGACGACGGAUUUAUUAUCGUCAGUUUCGGAUCGAUUUUGAAAGGGGCAGAGAUUCCGGAUAAUGUCCGUCACAUUUUCAUGUCGACAUUUGCGCGACUGUCUCAACGUGUCGUAUGGAAAUGGGAGGACAAAGGCAUCCUGUCCGACGACGCCGUUCCGGCUAAUGUUAAACUGGUGUCUUGGUUGCCACAACAAGAUUUGCUGGGCCAUCCAAAGGCCCGUCUUUUCAUCACACACUGCGGUCUGUUGAGUAAACAAGAGGCCGUCUUUCACGGCGUCCCGUUUAUCGCUUUGCCCGUCUGGUCCGAUCAACCGAUCAAUUCGCAAAAAGCUAGCGACGACGGCUACGCCAUCCGAUUGUACUGGAACAAUUUAACGGAAGAAGUGCUUUACCAGUCCAUUGAGCGCAUUCUCACCGACCCAAGUUAUGCCGAGAAGAUGAAACAGGUUUCAUCGAUCAUGCGCGAUCAGCUGGAGAGUCCUGUUGAACGGGCCAUCUACUGGAUCGAAUACGUCAUCCGCCACCAGGGUGCUCCACAUCUUCGUAGCGCAGCCAGGGAACUUUCUUUUUAUCAACGAGGCCUUCUCGACGUCAUUUUAUUUUUCUUCGUUGUUGCGUCCCUGACGGCUUACGUGUUCUUUCGUCUAAGCCGCUUCGUUCUUUUUUCCACGUCCAAACGUCGGUGGCAAAAGUCCAACGUGAACCUAAAGAAACAAAAUUGAGAAAAAAACAAAAAGAACCACAGUUUGCAUUAGUCGCCUGGAACCUUAUAAUUAAAAAAUCCUCGACGAGCUUUUCGUGGAUUCAAAUUGAGUUCGUGAUGAUCUAGUUUUUCUUUAUUGAUGAUUAUAUAAUGAUCAGUUAGUACAGAACGUGUUUCUUAACUUUAUAUUGUUAGAAAUGCGGCACUGCCAAUCGAAAUUUUUCUUUUUUUUUUUAAAGGAAAUAAUUUCUGGUUUAUCAUCAAUCAAAUUACAAAAAAAGAAUCGGCAAGAUUAAAUUUGCGUUAUAAAACAAACUGAAAUUGGAUGAGUGAAUCAUUAUUAUAUACAGGACGUAUGCGAAAUUUCGUGUCUUUACCUAUUGUUAGCUAAUGUGCAUUGAAAAUAAAAUGGCGACAAUGAAUAAAAUGCUACUGAAUUCGG